AUGUGGGUGAUAUGGACUGACCGAAAUAAAUUCAUACAUGGAAAAAAGAGUAAGGAUGGUUAUGCUUUUACAAAUUAUAUGAACAAUUACAAUAAAGCUAACAAUAAUCAAUCCCUUACUACUGCUCUAUCUUCACCUACGGCUGCAACCUCAUUACACACUGCUGCAACUCCCAUAAACACUGCUGCAACAAACACUCGACCAAUAGAAGGAGUUUCAUGGAAGCCACCGUUACCACACAAGCUGAAACUUAAUGUCGAUGCAGCCGUCAAUACAGCAGGAAAAGUACUAGGCAUUGGAGCAAUUGUUAGGAACCAUGAUGGCCAGGUCAUUGCAGCUUUAUCUAAGCCAGUUCAAGAAUGCUUUAGAUCAGAUGAAAUGGAGGCAAAAACUCUCUUUCAUGCGCUAAAUUGGAUUAUACAGCUCUCGCUGAAAAUUGACUAUGUGGAGGCUGAUGCUCUUCGCUUUUCAUCAGCAAUUAAUAAUGCAUCCUUAGAUUUAUCUUCUUUUUCUGAUUUAAUUUUAGAUGUCCGUUGUCUUCUUUUAUUUUUCCCAGGUAUAGUUGUUUCUCAUGUUAGGAGAAAUGCUAAUCAAGCUGCUCAUGGUUUAGCAAAAUAUGCUCUUGGGUUGGAUGUAGACACUUGUUGGAGAGGAGAAUUUCUCCUAUCUGUUAUUGUAAACGAUGGUUAA